GUCAUGUUUUGGAUAAUGUUAGAUCCCGACUACUUACAUACCUAUCGCUGGAUGGUUAUUUGUGUGCUCUGCCUUUGCCCUCUGUUCCGUUCUGUUGUACAUACAUAUAAACUAAAGUCCCGUCCUGUGCCUGUGCGGUGGGAUUGGCAUGGGAGUGUAUAUUAUAGGUUCGAAGCCGGUGCUGGAGCAGGACAGCGGAACUGGAGAGUCGUGUGGAGAGUCGUGUGGAAUGUUUGCAUACUAUAGAUACGGGGAGGAUACGGUGCCCGAGGAGAAGGUGUCUGAGAAGGAGGAGAUGGCUCGAAGUGAGCCUGGAUAGAUAGAGUACAUAGAGUACAUAGAGUACAAAGCACGUUUCCGUUCUUUCGAGGUGCAAUUGCCAUGGUCUAGAUAGUCGGGUCGCAUGCAAUGAUAAUCAU